AUGGCGAAGGUCUCAUUAACGCAUGGCAGAGAUAAGCAUCUGAACCCCGUCGCACGACUCAACGGUCGUGUUUUCGAUACAGACCCCGUCGUCACAUACAUGCUACUAGAAAUGUCACAGGAGGAGCGCCUUGCCUAUUUACCUAUCUACUGGACUACACUCGUCAAGUCGGCUCUGCUGAACGAUGCGGUCAUCACCGAGGCGGAUGGUUGGAAAGCUGCAUCCGUUAUUAUCCCACCUGGAAAAUGCAUUGAUAAUGUCUGGACGCUCAUUUAUGCUGGAUUCCUUUGCGUUCUGUGGAGGCUUGGCUUCUCGGGGUUGAAGCGUCUUUGGACGGAGUUUUCCGGUAUGACGAACAAUGCCAAAAAGAAAGGACUGCGCGGUCACAAGCGGUACUAUUACAUUUUCAGUAUUGGAACGGAGCCUGAGUACCGUGGGAAAGGGUUGGCAAAAGCCAUCAUGCUCGAGCAUCAGCAUACGGCCCGGUGCGAUAGUGUCCCUAUAUGGCUCGAGGCUACGAGUCCAGGCUCUCGUAAUCUCUAUCUGUCGUUAGGAUUCAAAGAGAUUGAAGAGAUUAUCGUUGGUAAAGGCAAGGUUGCUGCAGAUGCUACAAGACAGCCAGGUGGUCCGGGAAUUCCUAUCUAUGCGAUGGUAUGGUGGCCGGAACAGGUGCACUCUGCGCCGUUAUGA